AUGCGAGAGUUUUUGCUCGCCCUGCUGUUGGUCGGAGCGGCGGACGCCGUCGGCCACGGCCUCGUUUCCCCGCAAAGCGACUGUAAAAUCCGGUAGAUCUGCACCGGUGACCGAGUGAAAACAGUGGACCUAAGGUGCGAAAACGGGGGAAUGUGUGUCUUCGACCUCGACAUGCCUGACGUCCACUCGUGCAUCUGUCUCCUGGGGGUGUUCCACGGCGACCGCUGUCAAUUUGCCGGUGAAGCUCCCUCGUUUUCUUCUAGACCAGUUUUCACUGUUUCAGUGGAGCAAACGACGACUGAAGUAACUACGACGACCUCGCCAACGUCUAGAACUGAGACUCCGAUACAGGUGGACUACCGUCAAAUUCAUCAGCAGCAGCCUUCGCAAAACGUUCAUCCUCAGAACCAGCCUCAAAACCAAGUGCAUCAUCAAAACAGCCACACGUCCACUCAUCGUAAGCUUUGAAUUCACUUGCGGUGUUCAAAAGCUUACAAGUUUUGGGAAGCCAAAAACAACGCUGAAAAAAUGCUUGUUCUUCUCGUUCUGAAAUAAAGUUAUACAUCUACAGAUUGAAUUAAUAAAAAGUCAAGAUUUUGUAUGUAGAGUAACUCAAAAAAGUAAUUACUACAAUUUGAAAGCCAAAAACAGGUCCUUUCUUUGCCCAAAAAAAAGAGCAGCUUUGAUAACUAAUCAUCAUAUGACUGAAUAAUUAUUUUAGGGUCUUUUUGUAUCAAAAAAACGAAAGUUGAUCUAAAUUUUGAUCUGACUAGUUGUUUUUUUUUAUUUAUAUUUUCUUAGAUUAUCAUCGCGGGCACCGAGUGGACGACGAACGCGAACAAGAAGAAGAACGAAAGAAAGCGUAUGAACGGAAGCUGGUAGAGCAAAGACACAAAGAACGUCUGGAGGAGCAUCGGAAGCAGGAGGAGAGACGUCGCUCCGACGCCGCUCGGGAAGACGCGCUCCGAGCAGAAACGCAUAGAAGACGUCACGAAGAGCACUUGGCUCAGCAACGACGGGAUCAAGAACGCCUUGAAGCGGAUCGAAGGCGAGCUGAAGAGGCUCGCAGAGCGGAGACUGAAAGACAGGAGGCGGAACGACGUCGGAAGGAGGAAGAGCGGCGACAAUCUGAAGAGCAGCGCCGUCGCCUCGAGGACAGCCAGAAGGAAGCCGAAAUCGUACCAGAAGUCAGCGUCGAGCAGCGUCAAGAAGCGGAAACGAAGGAGAAGGAAGCGGAGAUGGCCAACGAAGACUGGGACUACAAAAACAACGGUCAGCAGAAUUCAAUUCCGGCUUUUUUUCUGUCUUUACGCGUUUAAAGUUUCUAAAACACUGAAAUUCGACUGAAUUUCGAAAAAGUGAAACGUUUUAAAAUGAAAAUCCAGAAAUAAGAAAUCAAGAAUUACGCUCAAAGAGGGAUGAAAAAAGGCUUUUGGGGGGCUAUCGAGUCUACUUUUAAUUCUUGUAAUAAUUAUCAUCUUCCGCGGUUAACUGAACAGGAAAAACUUUUUUCCAAGGGAAAACUUUUGAGUAUUCGUUUUUGUUAAGUUAUGAAGAUAAAAAAACUUAAGUUGAUGGACUCUCUACCCCAUUGAAAAUCUCAAAGAACUGGGGUAUUUUCAGAAGAAGACGACGAUUAUCUGAACGUCCCUGAGCUCGAAGAGCAUAUGGAGCAUUCUGAAGACGAACAGGCUUCAGUUCAAGUCCAAACAACGACGGGAACGAGUCAGUAUGAACAACUUCCAAUAAAUUUCGAAAAAUCUUUCCCCCCAGCACCAAAGAAUUUCAGCGCCCGAGCACCAAGCGGAAGUUGACUGGAAACCAGACUCAAAGAGCGACAGCGACAUAUUGGCAGGACUGAACUCGGUUCUGGAAAAAGCAGUCGAAGAGACUCUGCAAGAACACCCAGUGUAAGGCGCUACUUCUUUUCGUCAGCCUUUUCCGGAUUUCAGAGAAGAAACAGCCGAGGAAAACAAUUCGGACGACUACUGGGACCACACUCCGAAAAGAACCGACGAGGACUAUGCUCUUGACGCCGAAAUCCAGAAUAUUGGAGCGUCGGAAGUCAGCGAAAAAGCCACUGAUCCUCCUCAAGGUAUAAAGUUCUCAAUUUUGAAGUUUGGGGUGAAUAAAUUACUGGAUAUUUCACUAAAACUUUCAAUUCAAGUUUUCUUUUACCGCGUUCAGUUCAAAAAAGGACAGAAAAUAAAAAAAUAACUAUAAAUAACGAAAAAAGGAUUCCGGCAAGCAUUUCAAUGUGUGACUCAAAUCAAUGGCAGUUUUCAAAAGAAAGAAUUCUGAAAAAUUUAGGCCCUUAUUCGAGUUUUUCAUCCUCUUGCAGCUUUUUCAAAAUCAAAUUAUUUGGUUUCUAAAUUUUUGUGCGCCAAAAUUUGACCUUUUUUCGAAGGUUUUUGGAUCGAUAAAAUGACAAGGUUUUUGGUUGUACCUACAACAGGUAAAGAAACAUUGAAUUCUGUUCUUCUUUCAGUAGCUCAUUCAGGAAGAUAAAACUUGACUUUCAGAAACGGAAUAUGGAAUGGAAGAAGGCCAAGAAGGCUGGAUGAUGGUCCGAGCCGAGAAAGACACGUCGAUGACGUCUUCUUGCAGCAGAUGGCUCGUCUUGGCCGUUUUCUUCGGACUCGCCGUCUUCUGAGUCGACGUCUCCCAACUAACACAUAAUCUUAUACACGGGUCGUUCGCGCAAUAAUAAUAAAAAUAUUUUUUUUUUGAAAGAGAAGAAGUGUGAUAAAUGUUAUUGAAGAAGGAAAAUUCUGAAGGCUUUGAAGAUUUUCACAGUCAUUAAAAAAUAAGUAAUGGAAAAGUGAAGAGAAGCCUUUCGGAAUACCAGUCGAGUUGCUUAAACCACUUGUUAUCGCGGACUGCCUUCAUUAGUUAUGCAAUUACUGAACCGGCGGCGACAGGUGAAUUAUCACCUGUCGGCGGCCUUUCGGGGGCUCAGUCAGCUCUCAUGUCAGCCAACGAGUUCGCCAUCAGUCGCCACUUCAACCCCGGGUUCGGUCGAAGGUUUGUCGACACACUUUUCACUCCUCAAUUCUCUUCCAACCGUCGAAUAGGCUCAGCUUGUCUUAGGUUCAGUCUUUCUCUGUUACAGAAGUUUCUUCGUGGGACCAAACGACAAAAACUGUUUAAAAAAAGUUUAAUAAAAGUCAUGUUUUUCUAAAACAAAAACUGAAGCAAUUGAAUGAUAUUAUUUCACUAAUUCGAAAAACGAAAAGUUAUUGAGAAAUUAUCUUCCAUUAUUUCAUAACCUGUUGAUGUGCUUAGUCGAUUUAACUAUUCAAUAGGUAACUCUCAAAGAAGGUACAGGAAUUCACAAAUUAUAAAGUAGCUCAUUUAGGUAUGGAAAAUCAAUUUUCCGAAAGUUCAAUAUCAAUAUCAAUGUUUAUUGGUUGUUUUAGUCAGAUGGAAUCGACUAGGCGGUGGAAAAAUUGCUCUUUUGAGCGGCAUUAACACCGCUUUUGGAAAAAAAAAAUCCUAUAACAAAAAAGGAUAAAAAAACUCGAAGAAAAAAGGACACUUAAAAAAAUCUGAUAAAUUCUUUCAAAAAAAAAAAACUUUUUUGAACUUUUUUGAGAUCACUAUUGAGUGCUGAUGAUAGCACCAAAUGUAUUUUUGAGAAAAAAAAAGGGUAAUAGAGAUAAGCGAUUGGAAGUUCGCAACGGUUGCGAGAAGAUGCCUGGAGUUGUGGCAAAGCGAAAUGCUCGAGAACGAACUCGCGUCCACACCGUCAACCAGGUAAAUCGAGUUUUGCUCAAACACAAAAUAUCUGGGUCGUCGGCCCCAGGCAUUCCAGUUUUUGAAAGAACAUCUCCCGACUCUGAGACAACACACGAAACGCGUCAGCAAGCUCAAAAUUCUCAACGCCGCCAUCAACUACAUCGACGCCCUGCUGCACAUCAUCGAGGUGAAAUAUCGAGCUGAGUAGGGAACAGAAUGUUCAGAGCACUGAUGGCGUGCCUCCGCCCAAAAUGCUGGCCAAGUUACGACUUCCAUUCGGUCCUCCGACGACAAACGCCUGCGUGGCUGCAGACGCGCCUCUGGUCCAUCCGCCAGCGCCUGAGGCGCCGUUGCUACCGUCGUUCUCCAUGCAGCCAGUGCCCUACGUGAAAACUCUUUUUGAUUACCCGACAUACCUGUAUCCUCCGCCGCCCACCUGUCCAACCUCCACGUUCGCUGUCAACAGCCAAUUCAUGAUGCCUUAUCAAUGA